CUGCGAGCGGCACCUCAUUGUAGCCAUGGACGUCGAACACGCUGCCAAUGCCUGCGAGACAGCCGACAAGAACCAGAAUGCGUCAUCUGCGUCAGAGAACCGAUCUGUUUAUCUCGGGGACAGUGACCUCUUGAGCGGCGAGAAGCUGGAUGCGGUGCUGACCGCGAAGAUGGCCCUGGUUAACGACGCGAUUGACGAGAUCGGGUUUACGCCUCACCAGUGGAAGCUGUUCUGCCUUAACGGCUUCGGAUACGCGGUCGAUUCGCUCAUUCUGCUUCUGCAGUCAAUUAUCUCAACACAGGCGACACUCGAGUUCCAGCCCAGCUUUGAUACCGGCUUGACGAUCGCUGUCUACGUCGGAAUGCUGGUCGGCGCUUUGUUCUGGGGAUUCUCAGCUGAUGUGAUCGGCCGUCGGUUCGCAUUCAACGUCUCGCUGUUUAUCUCGGCUGUCUUCACGGUCGUCGCUGGCGCAUCCCCGAACUGGAUCGUGCUCGGGCUGUUCACAUGCCUCAGUGCCUUUGGCGCCGGUGGAAAUCUGGUGCUGGACACGGCGGUCUUCCUGGAAUACCUUCCAAGCCAACAUUCGUGGCUCGUCACUCUGAUGGCGGCGUGGUGGGGCGUCGGUCAGUUGAUCGCGGGUCUGUUUGCAUGGGCAUUAAUGCCCAACUACUCGUGCGCCGAUGCUGCCACCUGCACCUACGAUAACAACCAGGGCUGGCGCUACGUCUGGUACACCUCUGGCGCACUUGUCUUUGUCCUCUCCAUUCUGCGCGUUACCGUUGUCCGACUGGAGGAGACGCCCAAGUUUCUUGUCGCAGAGGGCAAAGACGAGAAGGUGGUUGCGGUGCUGCAGAGGAUAGCGGCCAAGUACCAGCGGCCCUGCGGCCUCACCGUCGAACAGCUGACGGGCCUUGGAGAGACCCGGACGCGGACCUCGCCCGGUACUCGUCGCUCCUUGCAGGUAAUCUCGCUGCCAGAGCUGGGCUACCACCUCCGAGGCCUCUACGCCACGCGCAAGAUGGGACUGUCGACCACCCUGGUCUGGUUCUCCUGGUUGCUGAUCGGCCUCGCUUACCCGCUCUUCAAUGUCUUUCUACCCAAGUAUCUCGAAUCGCGCGGGGCCCAGUUUGGCGAGGAUAGCCCGUACAUUACCUGGAGGAACUAUGCAAUCACCAACGCGUGCGGCAUCUUCGGCCCUAUUCUGGCUGGUUUUAUGUGCCGCCUGCGGUGGUGCUGGGGCAGACGAGGGACCAUGAUUAUCGGAGCUCUGGUGACCAUGGUCUUCUUCUUCUCUUAUACAGCCGUGCGCACAGCUGACCAAAACGUGGCAUUUACCUGUAUUAUCAACUUCUGCCUCAAUAUCUACUAUGGCACCCUGUAUGCCUAUACACCAGAGGUCCUACCCUCCGCCCACCGAGGAACAGGAAAUGGAAUUGCGAUUGGACUCAAUCGAAUCAUGGGUAUCGUCAGUGCUGUCGUUGGACGAGAAGCGGAUACGAGCACCUCAGUCCCGCUGUAUAUCUGCGCGGCUCUGUAUAUUGUCAUGGCGAUUGUCGCCGGCCUGUUUCCCUUUGAGCCGCUGGGCCGACGCAGCAGCUAG